CUCUGUCACCACCAUCGGAGGAGGGAUGUUUGGCUUCUCCUGAUCCACAAACACGGCAUCACAACACUGGAGACAUGUGGGUACCCACGGAGCACGAGAAAUACGGCGUCGUGAUUGCAAGCUUUCGAGGAACAAAUCCACAUGGCUUAACACUGGAGAUUGGGGACACCGUUCAAAUAUUAGAGAAAUGUGAAGGUUGGUACAGAGGAUUUGCCCUAAAAAACCCCAAUGGCAAGGGCAUUUUUCCUGCAAGCUAUGUACAUAUCAAGAACGCAUCAGUAAAAAACAAAGGGCAGUUCGAAAUGGUAGUACCAAAAGAAGAUGCUGUCAUAACAGAGAUGACAUCUACACUCAGAGAUUGGGGAACCAUGUGGAAACAGCUUUAUGUGAAGAAUGAAGGUGAUCUUUUCCACCGUCUUGGUCACAUAAUGAAUGAGAUCCUGGAUCUGCGCAGACAAGUUCUAGUGGGGCACCUGACUCAUGAUCGAAUGAAUGAUGUAAAACGGCACAUCACAGCCCGUCUGGACUGGGGAAAUGAGCAGUUGGGACUGGAUUUGGUCCCUAGGAAAGAAUUUGCCAUGGUGGAUCCAGAAGAAAUUAGUGUUACUGAAUUAUACCGAUUGAUGGAACACAGACAUAGAAAAAAGGACACUCCAGUACCAGCAAGUAGUCACCACCUCUUUGUGCAGAUGAAAAGUUUAAUGUGCUCUAACCUGGGAGAAGAGCUAGAAGUGAUAUUCUCACUUUUUGACAGCAAAGAAAAUCGACCAAUAAGUGAACGGUUCUUUGUAAGGCUGAAUAGGAAUGGGCUGCCGAAAUCUCCAGAGAAGACAGAAAGAUACAGUUCUCUCUUUGUUGACUUAAGUUCAAGUGACCUUCGGAAAGACAUUUUCAUCACUGUACACAUCAUCAGAAUUGGCCGAAUGGGGGCAGGUGAAAAGAAGAAUCCCUCAAAUGUGCAAUAUCGGCGCCCUUUUGGUUGUGCGGCUCUCAGUAUUGCUGACCUUUUGACUGGAGAAUCAAAAGAUGACCUCAUUUUGAAAGUAUAUAUGUGCAACACUGAAAGUGAUUGGUAUCAAAUCCAUGAAAAUAUUAUCAAGAAAAUGAACGCUCGCUAUAAUCUUACGGGCUCAAAUACAGGGUUGGCAGUUUCCCUUCAGCUGCUGCAUGGAGACCUUGAGCAAAUUAGAAGAGAUUACUCCUCGGUGUUCACCCGUGGGGUCUCGAUAACAAGAAAGCUCGGCUUUUCAGAUGUCAUAAUGCCUGGGGAAAUGAGGAAUGACUUGUACAUUACCAUAGAGAAAGGGGAGUUUGAAAAAGGUGGCAAAAGUGUUGCUAGAAAUGUACAAGUUACAAUGGUGAUUGUCAACAGCGAAGGACAAGUUUUAAAGGAUUAUAUAUCUUUUGGUUCAGGAGAACCCACAGCUCAUGAGUAUCAUUCCUUUGUGUUAUAUCACAACAACUCUCCUAGGUGGUCAGAACUGUUGAAGCUUCCAAUUCCUGUGGAUAAAUUCAGGGGAGCACAUAUCCGAUUUGAAUUCCGUCAUUGUUCUACAAAAGAAAAGGGUGAGAAGAAAUUAUUUGGCUUUUCCUUCAUACCACUUAUGCAAGAAGAUGGCCGAACAUUUCCAGAUGGCACCCAUGAGCUCAUUGUACACAAGUGCGAAGAGAACACAGUUUUCCAGGAUUCAUGCCGCUACCUCAAACUCCCAUUUUUGAAAGGAAAUCAACAUGGAAAUAAUAAUCAAGCUGUUAAAAGUACAAAAGAGUCUUUUUGGAUAACUUCAUUCCUUUGUUCAACCAAGCUGACACAAAAUGGGGAUAUGUUGGAUCUACUGAAAUGGCGAAUGCAUCCAGAUAAAAUCCCAGGCAGCUUGUCUAAAUUAAAGGAAAUUGAUGGUUCAGAAAUUGUUAAGUUUCUUCAAGAUACACUGGACACUUUAUUUGGUAUUUUAAAUGAAAGUUCACAGAAAUAUGCCUCAAAGGUAUUCGAUUGCUUGGUACACAUCAUUAACUUGCUACAGGACAGCAAAUUUCAGCACUUUAAGCCAGUAAUGGACACUUAUGUAGAAGGGCAUUUCUCUGGCGCUCUUGCUUAUAGAGACCUCAUAAAAGUGCUGAAAUGGUAUGUGGACCGAAUAAUUGAAGCUGAGAGACAAGAGCAUAUCCAGGAGGUAUUAAAGGCCCAGGAAUAUAUCGUUAAAUAUAUUGUUCAAUCUCGAAAGCUGUUUGCUUUUGCAACAGGAGGACAGAAUGAGGAAGAAUUUAGGUGUUCUAUUCAAGAACUUCUGAUGUCCAUACGCUUCUUCCUAUCCAAAGAAAGCAAAGGAGCUAGUGCUUUAGCACAGUCACAGGCUGUGUUUCUGAAUUCUUUCCCAGCUGUAUAUUCUGAGCUUCUGAAACUGUUUGAUGUGCGGGAAGUGGCAAAAAUGGUGCAUGAUACCCUGGGCAGUCUGCCAGCAGUCAUGCAUGUGGAUGAUGCACUUCAAGAUGUAAAACUUCAGUGUAUUGCAAAAACAGUAGAGAGUGAGCUAUACAGCAAUCCAGAAUCCCGUUUUAUACUCCUCCCCACUGUCCUCCACCACCUCCACAUGCAUCUGCAGGGGCAUAGAGAUCUUGUAAUGUGUGCACGUAUCCUUAGCAACAUGUUUUGUCUAAGCAAGAAAAACAGCUCAGAGAAGUGUGCCAUGAAGGAAAUCGAUGUAAUUGUUAACAGUCUGCUGGACAUUUUACUGAGGACUAUUUUAGAGAUUACAAGUCGACCUCAGCAGUCAGGCUCAGCAAUGAGGCUUCAGUUUCAAGAUGUGACUGGCGAAUUUGUGGCAUCUCUGCUUUCUCUUUUGAGACAAAUGACGGACAGACAUUACCAACAACUUCUUGAGAGCUUCAACACAAAAGAGGAGCUUAGGGAUUUUUUGCUGCAGAUCUUUACAGUAUUUCGGAUACUUAUAAGACCUGAAAUGUUUCCUAAAGACUGGACUGUGAUGCGUUUUGUUGCAAAUAAUGUUAUCAUUACAACAGUACUGUACCUUUCUGAUGCACUGCGGAAGAACUUUUUAAAUGAGAGCUUUGACUAUAAGAUUUGGGAUUCAUACUUUUACCUUGCGGUUAUUUUUAUAAAUCAGUCAUGUCUGCAGCUGGAAAUGUUUACCCCUUCCAAAAUGAAAAAGGUCCUGGAAAAGUAUGGUGACAUGCGUGUGACAAUGGGCUGUGAAAUCUUCAGCAUGUGGCAGAAUUUAGGGGAACACAAGUUGCACUUUAUCCCAGCCUUAAUCGGUCCGUUUUUAGAGGUAACUCUAAUACCUCAGCCAGACUUGCGAAAUGUUAUGAUCCCCAUUUUUCAUGACAUGAUGGACUGGGAGCAGAGAAGAAGCGGCAACUUUAAACAGGUUGAAGCAAAGCUAAUUGACAAAUUGGACAGCCUAAUGUCUGAAGGAAGAGGUGAUGAAACCUACCGGGAGCUCUUCAACAGUAUCUUAUUAAAGAAAAUUGAGCGGGAAACAUGGAGAGAAAGUGGUGUAUCAUUAAUUGCCACUGUAACACGACUCAUGGAGAGACUGCUGGACUACAGGGACUGCAUGAAGAUUGGGGAAGUGGAUGGGAAGAAGAUUGGGUGCACUGUUAGUCUAUUGAAUUUUUAUAAAACGGAGUUGAACAAAGAAGAGAUGUAUAUACGAUAUAUUCACAAACUGUAUGACCUGCACAUGAAAGCACAGAAUUACACAGAGGCUGCCUACACCCUUCUAUUGUAUGAUGAGUUACUGGAAUGGUCUGAUCGGCCACUUAGAGAGUUUCUUAACUAUCCAAUGCAAACAGAAUGGCAAAGAAAAGAGUACUUACACAUGACCAUCAUCCAGAAUUUUGACAGAGGGAAAUGCUGGGAGAAUGGAAUAAUACUCUGCAGGAAACUUGCUGAGCAGUAUGAAAACUACUAUGACUACAGGAAUCUCAGCAAAAUGAGGAUGAUGGAAGCAUCUUUGUAUGAUAAAAUAAUGGACCAGCAGCGACUGGAGCCAGAGUUUUUCCGUGUUGGAUUUUAUGGGAAAAAAUUCCCAUUUUUCUUGAGAAACAAAGAGUUUGUUUGUCGAGGCCAUGACUACGAGAGAUUGGAGGCUUUCCAGCAGCGCAUGCUAACAGAAUUCCCACAUGCCAUUGCAAUGCAACAUGCCAACCAACCCGAUGAAACGAUAUUCCAAGCAGAAGCACAAUAUUUACAGAUAUAUGCAGUCACACCAAUCCCUGAAAGCCAGGAGGUUCUUCAAAGAGAAGGUAUUCCUGACAACAUCAAAAGCUUUUACAAAGUAAAUCAUAUCUGGAGGUUUCGGUAUGAUAGACCUUUUCACAAAGGCACCAAGGACAAGGAGAAUGAAUUCAAGAGUCUUUGGGUUGAAAGAACAGCUUUGACGUUGGUGCAGAGUUUGCCUGGUAUAUCGCGAUGGUUCGAAGUUGAAAAACGUGAAGUGGUGGAGAUGAGUCCUCUGGAAAAUGCUAUUGAAGUCUUAGAAAACAAGAACCAACAGCUGCGAACUUUGAUUAGUCAAUGUCAAACGCGGCAGAUGCAGAACAUUAACCCACUGACAAUGUGUCUGAAUGGAGUUAUUGAUGCUGCAGUUAAUGGAGGAGUUUCUAGGUAUCAAGAGGCUUUCUUUGUGAAGGAGUACAUCUUCAACCACCCCGAGGAUGGAGAUAAGAUCUCACGCCUGAGAGAACUAAUGCUUGAACAGGCUCAGAUUUUAGAGUUUGGUUUAGCAGUUCAUGAAAAAUUUGUGCCUCAGGAUAUGAGACCUUUACACAAAAAGAUGGUGGAUCAGUUCUUUGUACUGAAGUCAAGUCUGGGAAUACAGGAUUUCUCAGCCUGUGUACCACCCAGUCCUGUCAGUUUCCCCAAUGGAAGCCCUUGCAUACCUAGAAACUCCGCACCUGCCAUCAUAGGUCCAGAGGCUGUACGCGUGGUUCCUAGACGAAGUGCUUUAAGUUAUCCAGCUGUGAAUAGAUACUCUUCAUCCUCGCUGUCAUCACAAGCGUCAGCAGAAGUUAGCAAUUUGACUGGACAGUCUGAAAGUUCUGAUGAAGUAUUUCACAUGCAGCCUAGUCCUUCUACCUCAAGCCUGAGUUCUACUCAUUCUGCCUCCCCAAAUGUAACAAGUUCCGCUCCAUCAAGUGCAAGAGCUUCCCCACUGUUAUCUGACAAACACAAGCAUUCCAGAGAAAAUGCCUGCCUGUCCCCAAGAGAGAGACCCUGCAGUGCCAUAUUUCCAAUCCCAGCUGAACCGCCCCAGAGAGUUUUAUUCAAUCACAUUGGAGAAAACACCUUGCCUCGCAGUGACCCAAAUCUUUCUGCUCCAGAUAAAGCAGUGAAUACAGCCCCAAGCAGUUGGAGCCUGGACAGCGGGAAAGAAGCCAAAAACAUGUCAGAGAGUGGAAGGCUGAUAACUCCUCCUGUGCCGCCCAGGCCCACUCAGGCUGCUUCUCCAGCUAGACAUGUGGCUGCAGUAUCUCCUUCUCUGAUGGGAAGGUCUCCAGUAAAGGGCUCGAUGCAGUCAUUUACUCCGUCUCCUGUGGACUGCCAUCCAUCAAGCAUGAUGUCUAAUUCCCCAGUGCUGUCAGGAAGCUGCAGUAGUGGCAUUUCUUCCCUGAGUCGGUGCAGCAUUUCUGAGAUGUCGGGUUUUGAGAGUCAGAUCUUUGAUCAAACAGUAACUACUUCCAGUUAUGGCAUAUCAGAGGAGCCAACCAGAAAAGAAAACAAGACACCACCACCUUACAGCGUGUAUGAACGGACUUUGAGGCGUCCUGUACCUGUACCUCAGUGUCUUUCCAUUCCUGCACCUAUUGAUCCUCCAGCUUUACCACCCAAACCAGGCCCAGUACGUCCAACAAGCCUGGAGAAUGGCAAAAGGACUGAUCCACUGCCACGGCCAAGACCUUUCCCACGGAAAGUGUCACAGUUGUAACACAAUUACGCUUUCCUUUUGCUGUGAAUAAACUCUCUUUUUUUUUUUCCGCUAGAAAAAUUACCCUCUAGAGGUCCUUUUGCUGAAGAGACAGCUGCGGAAUGGGUAUAUACACUCAAUGAAAGUGUGGGCACUUUAAUUGUUUACUAUUUGUUUCCCUUCAUUAAGGAAGUAAAGCUUUUUGUUUUUUAUUAUUGUUUUGCACAAUAUUAUAGUGGUAAUAAUUCAGGAUUAACUUGACAAAAGGCACUUUUUGGUUGGAUAGAAACAGAAAGCACAAUACAGUCUGUUAGUAUGCUCUGUUUCUGGAUUACAAAUUCAUGAAAUAUCAUGUUGAUUUUUAA